UUGCGGUCCCUGAGAUGAAAAUCGAAGAAAGGUAUCGAAUAACGUUAAAUCUAUUCCGCUAGUUCAUUUACACAGAUCUUGCGUCCACCAUCUGCGACGGAUUACACCGAGCUUAUCUACAGCCUAUAAAAAUGCCAUCUCGAGCAGAGGAUAUAUUGAAAGGCUUCAAACUUAAUUGGAUGAAUCUCAGAGAUGCUGACAGUGGCAAGAUCCUCUGGCAAAGUAGUGAUGAUUUAUCAAAUCCAACUUUAGACCAUGAAGCUCGCGUGCCAAAAAAAGUAUUGAAGUGUCGCGCGGUGUCGAGGGAAGUAAACUUUUCCUCGAAAGAACCAAUGGAAAAGUUCCGACUAGAACAGAAAGUUUUAUUCAAGGGAAAGUGUAUUGAAGAGUGGUACUUUGAUUUUGGAUUUGUCAUUCCAAACUCCACAAACACCUGGCAAUCGUUGAUCGAGGCAGCCCCAGAGUCACAGAUGAUGCCAGCAAAUGUUCUCAAGUAA